ACCCCGCCCGAAUUCUCGCCUCCGUGCACAAAAUCACUCGAUGUGACUUAUUCGAACAAUCAGCAUGUCCGUCCCGGUCAAAGUUUGCGUCAAAGUGAUGUUAUAAAACAGCCCGUCUUGAAACCCACACAUCUUCAACCAGAUACCAAUUAUAUCGUUUUCUUGAUUGACCCUGACGUUGUCCACAAUUACAACGCCACAACCAUUCUCCAUUGGUACCAACCAAACUGUCACGUAUCUCAAUCUACUGGAGAUUUCGUAAUACCCACAAACGAUGGUGCCCAAUAUGUUGGCUCGCAACCUCCCCAGGGAGAAAAGCAUCGUUAUGUAUUUCUGCUUUUCGAACAGCCUCUGAAAUACAUUUUCCCGCAAUGUUUCGAAAAUGUAUUUCCCGUCUCUGUAGCUGCGAGGUCUGGGUUUGACAUUACAUACUUUAUGGAAAUUGCCGGGCUCGGAAGCCCCGUUGCGGGGAAUUGGUUUUCUGUC